AUGGAACACCUGUUGUUUGAAUAUGCUGGAGGAUAUGGGCUGUUUGAGCUUAAGGAGUAUGAAGAUAUGUCAAAGUCGACGUAUGAUGACUACACUAAGCUUACCCAAGUUCUGAAUCUAAAGUCGAGAAUGAAGUUCAACAGUUUUAAUGAGGCGUCUGACCACUUAAAAUGCCUUUCCCAAGGGCAGAUCCAUGAGGAUCUGAAGAAGUUUCUUGAACUCAACAACGUGAAGAUUUUGCACUGCGAUUUUUCUCUAAAGAAGAGUCUUGAUGAACUCGGAAUCAAGCAAAAGGAAAGCGAGAGUAUAAUGAGAGGAGUUAGGCGAGAUUUCAAAAAGCUUAUGAGGCUUGAGGAAUAUGAUGGUAAGCAAACGGUGCUUGGUCUAGCAUACGAAUACUCCAGAGAGAAGGUUGAGUACAAUGUGAAGAGAGAGGACUUUAUUGUGAUACAUACCGUUAUGCUGUUGGAGCAGGUAGACAAAGACAUAAACUCAUAUUCCAUGAGGAUAAGGGAGAUCUAUGGAUGGGUAUUUCCUGAGCUGGGUGCAUUGCUAAAAGAAAACCAUGAAUACAUUUCAGCUGUGAAAUAUUUUGUGAAUGAGGAGGUGGAUUCUGAUUACACUAAAUGUGACCCGGGGAUAAAUGAAGAAAGGCUUGAUGAGAUAAAGAAGCUGAGGAAGAACUCUAUGGGAAUGAAACUUUCUCCGGUAGAUAUGAUUAACCUGAAGAAGUUAAUAGAGAUAGUGGAUAAUAAGAUUAAGGUCCGAGGAAGCCUCGGCAGAUAUCUGAAAGAAAAGAUGAGUUCUAUUGCACCUAAUCUUGCAGCUAUAUUGGGAGAUGUUCUUGGAGCAAGGAUUAUUUCACAAGCAGGAGGGUUGUUGAACCUUGCAAAGGCUCCUGCAUCUACAUUCCAACUUCUUGGAGCAGAGAAGUCAUUGUUUAGGUCGUUAAAAAUGAAGAAAAGAACGCCCAAAUACGGGCUUCUCUACACUUCUAGCUAUGUGUCCAGGGUGCGAGAUAAAGACAAAGCAAGGAUCUGCCGGUACAUUGCAACAAAGUGCUCUAUUGCAGCAAAGAUUGAUUAUUUUGGAGAGUCCAGGGGAGAUGAAUAUGGGGUUGAGCUUAAAUCACUAAUCGACAAGAAGAUUCAAUCUCUUUGCACCAACGAGGAGGUGGAAAGAACAAGUACAGCUAUCCAGAGAGUGUUUGAUAGAAUAAAUGGGAUAUCGAGAGAUGAUAUUGGAAAAGAAGAUGUUCAAUCCAAGGAAAUAUCAAAAAAGGAUACAAAACCUAGGAAAAAGCCAAGCAGACAUACAUCUAAAGAAGAAGUAUUUAAGUUUAGAGAGAGGAAGAGUAAGGAUGAAGGCAGCUCUCUGAAGAGCAACAAGAGAGUAAGUUUUGAUCUAUCAAGAAAUGAUGUCAAGGAAACAGAGAAUAUAUCAAAAAGAUCUAAUAAAAGAAGAUGA